AUGCUUAGCUUUAAGGUGUUUGGUAUAUUGUAUGAAGAAAUGGCAGCAAUUGUAAACAAAAUUACAACUACAGUGCCUCAAAUUGCCACUGGAGUUGCACGAUUUGCUCAGCCGAAGUUGAGUAGAUUUUGGUAUUUCGCCCGUGUAGAACUACGUCCACCAAUGCCAGGAGAAUUUGGAGCUGUACAACAGGGGUUUCAAAAUCUUAUUAAAUCAGUCGCAACACAAGGCUGGAGAAAUCUAACUGUUAAACAACUAGGAUUGAAUACAUUAGUUGGUAUUGAAGUAAUUUGUUGGUUUUAUAUUGGAGAAUGUAUCGGGAAAGGAAGUAUUGUCGGAUAUAGACCAGGCAGAGCGCCGUUACCAGCACCCUAUAAAUAUUUUAUGUAA